AUGUCUAAUCGCGAGUUGUUAUUAUCUUGUGUUAUGAACACAAAAACUGUUUUGUGCGUUAACACUAACCCGAACAUUAUUUUCAAAGCGAUAGAAGAUUUAGCAUCCUUUUUGCGAAACAACCCAGAAGCGGAAUACAUAUUCUACAAUGAGUUUUAUUACGACGUUUUGAACGGCAUAUUAAAUAACCUAUGUGUAUCUUGGACAGAAUGUUCUUCAUCUCACGAUAUUGGUUUACUGGUAAGGAAUCUCAUUUAUACUGGACCGCAAGAUCAGUCUUUUUCACUCCUGAGUAAAUUUCUUAAAUGCUUGAGCUCUGAUACACCCUUUUUCCAUCAAGCAAUUUUGUGGCUCGUUGAUUUAAUUAAAGAAAAAUGCUUUAAAACUGUUUUGGUUACAUCAAUCAGCCAGGAUACGUUCACACCAAGUCAACAAUUUAGUGAAUUUAUACAAUGUGCUGCAUCGUUGCCUACAAUUAUAGCUAAUAAGUUUUCUGGGAUAAAUAUUUACAAUGAGUUGCAGCCAGAUGUGUACUUUGUGUCAAUAAGCCAUGAUAUUUUUUUGGUUCUUUUAGCAGUCCAUGAUAGACUAAAGUGCAACAAAAAUACAUAUGUGUUACCUAUUUCCAAAAUAAUUGGUAAAAUCUGUGUAUGUGGUUAUGGAAAAGUUUUAUGGAAGCCAUUAUUAGAAUAUUUGAAUAAAGAAUCAAACUCAUUUUUGUGGAAACGAAUUAUUCAAAAGGUCAUUUUAAAUAUGGAUGAUUGGUGUUUUGAAUUGGCUAUUGAACCAAUGUUGUCUUUACUUGAGUCAGUUGAAGAUUAUGAUUAUAUGUUUGGAGAUACAAUUUUGAAAAAAUCAAAGCUGAAUUUUUUGUUCACCCACAAGUUAAUGUUGGUGAGAUUCAACUCUGACAUUAAAGUUAUGAAAAAUGUAAUGUCAUAUUUAGGACACAAUAAGGUUUUGCAUGAAGUUUUUAUACUAACUUUCAAAAACAUUCUUAAAACUUGGAGUGAAAAAAAUUUUGUGAAACAUCGAUGUAUUGAACAGAUUAUAUAUUUAUCAAAAGCAAUUAUGGUAGCUAUCAACGUAACAAAAAAGAACUCAUUUUUGGUAAAAGAUGUUUAUGAAACUGUAAAUACAACACUUUUAAAUGGUUUGCCUUUGUAUUUGGAGUCUUCAAUAGCAAACAUCAGAAAUAUUGGUAUGGUCAUCAGCCAAAAUUUGUCCUCACUUAUUCAUUCCGGUGAAAAAAAAUUAAUUUUGCCUUACGAAAAAAAUGAUGUCACAGAUAGUCUUUUGAUUUUAGUAGAUGAUAUUUCUGAUUUUACUAUGAAAACAAAUGCUUCAAAUAAAAAUGAUAUAUCAGACACAUCAUCUGCAUGUUUGGAUAAUGAUGAAAAUCUUAUAUCAGAUAGUAAAAAAUUGGAUAAAAAUUUAGAUAGUGAUGAUGAUAAUGAUAGUUUACUGCCAUUUAAUACCGAAAAUAAUGAUAAAAAUAUAAAGAAAGUACCGAAAUACCUCAAACAAUGCAUUGAAGGUCUUUUAAAUAAAGACGAUCCUGAGCUUGCUGAGAUGUGUCUGAAACAAAUUAUUCCAUUAGUCAGCAAUCACUUGGAACAUAAAGAAUUGUAUAAGGAAUUGUGUGGAGUACUUCUUAAUCUUGAGAACUGUUUUUCGAUAGAAAACUUUGAAUUUAUUAAAUAUAAGUCACUAUUAACUUUAUUGAUAUCUUACCCUGAAUCAAUUGCAGAAUUUUUAGCUAACGAGUUCUAUGGAGAAGCCUAUAAUUUGAAACAAAGAAUUGACAUAUUAAACAUUCUGGUUGAUGGUGCCAAACAUUUGUCCUUUUCAAAUGAUCAUUUUGGUUGUGGUGAAUGUUCCGUUAACAAUAAUGCCCAAAUUGGAUAUGCUUGCAAGACGACCAAUAUGUCGACUCCGCCAAUAAAACAAGAAGAUUGGAAGUUACUUUUGCAAGAAAGAAUUAAAAAAAAAACAAAAUUUUCAACUAAACGUGCAGUGAAGAAUGUACCGCAAGAGAACAAAUUUGCUUUGUAUGCUUCAUAUUUUUUUUAUCCUCUUAUGAAAAAUUACGACAUUAAAAAUAUUUGUAUGGAGCUCACAGAAAGAGAUCACUUCGUACUUGAAAAACUUUUGAUAUCACUUGGGACAAUAAUGUAUUGUUCAUUUAACAUUCCUUCAGCUCAUCAUAUGGCUAAAAAUCUUUUACAGUUUUCAAAUAGCUUCCAUCGGCAUGUGGAAGUCACCGUGAGACGAGCCGUGUUAUUUUGUUUGAGUAUGUGCGUUGUUGUUUUGGAUUCAAAUUCUUCAUCAUCGGAUGUUACUUAUGAACUAAAUAAUAUUAGCAGCUGGUUGGCUGAUGUUAAAUUUUUUGAGUGGGACAACCAGUGUAUUGAGAUGGCUGAUCAAAUCAUGCCGGUUAUUAAAAAACUGAAGUUACAAUUUUAG